AUGGAUACUGUUGCGCCGGCUGCUCACAGGGGGAAAUUCCGGUACUUGACCAGGGGGACCAAACCAACUCCGAGGAAAGGAGCGUAUCUGCUACCACCUCUCUCCGAGUUUGGUGAUGUACUAACAUUGCCUUUGACGGACUUGAGGCCCUCUCUAGACCUCGGAGAUGAGUCGCCAUACAAGCUGUCAGUCCACGGAUUCACCGCUCGCCGACACCUCUCGGCUCUACAUGUAGCUCCCUAUGGCCGAGCAAGUUGGAAUGAUGAGCAACUGCUUCGUGAGAUUUACUUCCCGGAGGUACAGGCGCUUGUUCAACGGGUGACGGGAUGUAAGAAGGUCGUGAUAUCAGCAGCUGUGAUUCGGAGCGGAGUAUACAAAGAAAGCGACCCAGCUUCUGCUCCGCAAACAGCAGAAAACGGCGGAAGCUCGGACAAAGCCAUACCUGCGUUAUUUCCGCCUAUUUUUGGAAAUUCGACGACAGACGGUAUAUGUCCUGCUCCCAAAGUGCAUCUGGAUCUGUCUCCGAGGGGUGCAAGGUACCAUAUUCGAAAGUAUCAUCUCGAAGUUGCUUGCGCGGCCGAGCAACUGAUCGAUGCGGAGAACCGACGGCUCGAAUCCGGUGUGCAAUGGGAUGACCUCAAGGACUAUUAUGGCGAGAUACCUCGAUUCGCGCUCUUCUCCAUAUGGCGGCCCCUAAAAACCGUCCGCCGUGAUCCUCUUGCUCUAUCGUCCUGCGCUUCCUUUCCUGAAUCAGACUACGCGCCUGCUAGUCAGCUUGAACCCAUGGACCAUCGUAUCCCUGCUCAUCUGUCGCGCAUAGUUGAUUCCGUAUUCUAUGAGGAUAAAGGAAUGUACCAGUCGCAGAGCUACCUAGCUUACGGGCCUCGGGACAAGGAGCAAAAGGCGCAUGACUGGCACUUUAUCUCAGAGCAACAACCCUCUGAGGUCCUGAUGAUUCAACUGUUUGACAACAAGAUGGAGGCACAUGCAAGAGCGCCUCAGGAAGGAGUUGACAAGAUGUCUGACCUGGGCGUUGGGGGAGCUAUCCAUAGUGCAGUCGAGCUGGACGACCAGGAUGUGGAAGCUGAGCCUCGAGAGAGUAUCGAGGUAAGGUGUGCUGCAUUCUGGUGA